CACUUCCUGUCUGUUCAUUGUUCUCCCGCCCGCCGGAGUGGAGCGCUGGACGACUACAUCUUCGGCACAACCGGUUGCGGCGGCUAUCGCUUAGGCAGUGCCCAUCCUGGGAAGAAAAAGGAGAAGCUUUUGAAGCUUAGCGCUUCAAUGGGGUUUGAGCCCUCCUGGGUAGCCCCCAGCUACAGGAGUUGCUCUGCUGAGCAAGAAGAUGACUGCAGAAUUAAAAGAGGCCAUGGCCCUAGCACCUUGGGGCCCAGUGGAGGUGAAACAAGAGGAGGAAGAGGAUGCGAAUAUCCUGAGUCAAGCAUCCAGCCAACAGAUGCGUGCUGAGAACAUCAAGGUGUGGACCCCAGGAGAGGGUCCUCAGCCAGGUGACUUAUCAGAAGAGGAGAAAAAGGGUCACAGCCUGUUCUGGGACAUGGCAGUGGUCCUCAGAGCAACACAGGAGGCUCCUGCCGCUGCAGCCCUCGGCAGCUGCUCCGUCCCAGGGACUCUGCUCAAGAGUGAGAUGCUGGAGACUCGUGGAGACCCGAACUUGCUAGGUGCUGAAACCAAGAACCUACAGUUACUUGAUCCCAAAACUGAAAUGUGUGGGGAAGCCGAAAAACUCCUCAUACUAUCAGGAAGAAUCCAGGAAGUUGCCACUCAAAGACUUGAGGUAGGAGAUGCCUGUGAAAAAAGAAACAUGUUAAAGAAGCACAGAAUAAAGAGGGAAAAGAAAAACUUCAGACAGAUGACAGCAAAGGACUGUCAGUUACCGGAAAGCUUCAAAGAAGAUGAAGACCAGAAAUGUAAGAAAUCUGGGGAAAGAUACAGCCUUGGUUCUGACUCUGUUAAAAAUCAGAAAAUUCCACCUGGACAAAAGCCUUUUACAUGUAGUGUGUGUGGCAAGAGCUUUAGUCAGAGUGCAAACCUUGUUGUACAUCAGCGAAUCCACACUGGGGAGAAGCCCUUUGAAUGUCACGAAUGUGGGAAGGCCUUUAUUCAGAGCGCAAAUCUUGUUGUGCAUCAGAGAAUCCACACUGGACAGAAGCCGUAUGUGUGUGCCAAAUGUGGCAAAGCUUUCACACAGAGUUCUAAUCUGACUGUACAUCAAAAGAUCCACUCUUUAGAAAAAACCUUCAAGUGCAGUGAAUGUGAGAAAGCCUUUAGUUAUAGCUCACAACUUGCCCGGCACCAGAAGGUCCACAUUACUGAAAAAUGUUACGAGUGCAAUGAGUGUGGGAAAACAUUUACUCGGAGCUCAAACCUCAUUGUCCACCAGAGAAUCCACACUGGGGAGAAGCCCUUUGCUUGUAAUGACUGUGGCAAAGCCUUUACUCAGAGUGCAAAUCUUAUUGUACAUCAGCGAAGCCAUACUGGUGAGAAGCCAUAUGAGUGCAAAGAGUGUGGGAAAGCCUUCAGUUGCUUUUCACACCUUAUCGUGCACCAGAGAAUCCACACUGCAGAGAAACCAUAUGACUGCAGCGAGUGUGGGAAAGCCUUCAGUCAGCUCUCUUGCCUUAUUGUUCACCAGAGAAUCCAUAGUGGAGACCUUCCAUAUGUGUGUAAUGAGUGUGGGAAGGCUUUCACGUGUAGCUCAUACCUACUUAUUCACCAGAGAAUCCACAAUGGUGAGAAGCCUUACACCUGUCAUGAGUGUGGCAAGUCCUUUAGGCAGAGGUCAAGCCUCACUGUGCACCAGAGGACCCACACUGGGGAGAAGCCCUAUGAGUGUGAAAAGUGUGGGGCAGCUUUCAUUUCUAACUCGCACCUCAUGCGACACCACAGAACCCAUCUUGUGGCGUGAUGUGCAAAGGAAGAGAAGGACCUCCAGCUGUUGGCCAUAACCUGCUAACCCCCAAAUGAGACACCAGGUUGUUACUUUCUUCCAGUUUAUAAGAAAGCAGCCUAUGUCUUUUAGAAUUUUCAGCACAAGAUAAGUGUGUCAGAGAUAACUUAUCACUGUCUAAGAAUGGAAACUGAGCUCCUCAAGGCAAGGCAGGAAAUUUGUUUUAACUAUCUAUGCUAGGCA